AUGGAGUCCAGACCACCAGCGGCGCCAGAGCCGUCGAACAAACGGCCUAGGUCGCCGUCCGGCGAUUACCAUCCCAUUGCCUCCAAGAUCCUCAAGAGCCACUCAAACCAUCUCCAGAUCAACUAUCUCGCGCGUCAAUAUCCGGAUAAUCUGCCUCUGGUCUCUCUCGAUGAUACGAUGCCGGCCAUUCUACACCUGAUCGGCGAAUAUGACGGCGUGCUUCAUCGCCAUGAAAGCAUCGCUGGUAACCUGGGCGCAUGUCCUCUGGGACCCAUCCUGAUCAAGCGCUUCGAGCGCCUGUUCGACGGCCCUCCUCGGGUCCUCAAGUCGCACGGCAAAGACGCCACUAUCACCUGGCUGGAUGUCGUGGAGUUCGCCAAGAGCAAACCGGAACAGUUCAAUCUAGAAAAGUCGCGCAACGGAGUGCGCGUCUGUCAGUUCUAUACCAAGCAGUGUCGGGUUGAGAUCAGCGAGGAGGAUUUUGUGCUCAUCGCGUCUGGAAUGCCGCAGAAGAUGAUCCCGCCGCAACCCAUUGUCGAGGAUGAGGAGAAGGAGUUGGGAGCCCUGGAAAUUCUGGAGAAGAAUCUUCAGCAGAUCAUCCAGGUUGCCGAUCAAGUGUCCGCUCGAGCAAGACAGCUUAACCAUCGUCUGAAAAAUCGUCGAACUGCCAUUGUCACGCGCCGAGAAAACGAUAUUUCCCUGCAGUCCCACCUCCCACCACAGCAGCAUCAACUUCCGCAACCGCAACCGCAACCGCCCCGCUCGCUCAGCCCCAUCUGGCGUGAUGUCGCCGGCGCGGUGUCCAACAAUCCUUUGAACGGCAAUCCUUCCUCCAACGCUCACUCACCCUCGACCGGGUUUGUCGCCGUCAAUGCUGUCCGGCAUGGUCCCGGAGAGCCUCCUGCGGAAGAAAACACGCUUUCGUCGCAGUUCAUGUUCUCGCAUUCAAACACCGACAAUGUCACCAUCAUCAAUGGAACGUCGAUCAAAGGCGCAUCUCCGACGACACGCGCGGAGUUGAUGAAGAAGUUUUUCACCACGCAAGACCGCCAGUCGCGCAGCUACGAAGAGACCCCGGGGUCAACUAACCGGGGGUCGUCCCGGCCGCGGCCGAGAGCGUCGGAUGCGGCUGACUACAACAUGUACAACCCGACUCCAGCGACCGUCGCAAUUCCCAGUACACCAUCUUCGUUACUACCUCCACCCAAGUCCAACCAUCUCGAAAAGGAUGACGGGGGUCCGUUCAAGAUGGAAAUGGUUGCGCGCAUGGAGGAACUGCAACGAGGGGAGCGCAUCCUUCCCCCGUGCGAUCGGUGUCGUCGGCUUCACAUGGACUGUUUGAAGAACCUGACCGCCUGCAUGGGAUGCACGAAGAAGCAUGCCAAGUGUUCCUGGAAGGACGUCCGCGAGGAAGAACUGCGCGAGUUGCGAUCGGACGGCACUCCUCGCGAGUUUGUUGAAGGCACCCAGUCGAAAGACUCUUCCGCCGCACCGGCACCCACACCCGCUCCUGCUCCCGCCCCCGCCUCGGUGCCGGUGACCGCUGCCGCCGCCACCGCCGCCAACACCACCACUACCACCAUGGCCUCUGCCGCCCUUACGCCCCCCUCCAUGACAUACACGCCGGAGCAGGACCGACCGCGCGAAGAGGCGAGCAUCUACAACGCCCGAAGGGAAUCCGCCCCGACCGGAGGACCUGUGACGGGAACACCAGCACUCAAGGAUGCCACCCCUCGACGGGCGAUGAGUGAGAUUCAUGGGAGUGCGAUGGGCAACCAUGACCGGCGUGUCGGUAUCAAUCGCAACAACGAGCCCUUGCCGGACGACGAUGACCCGGACGCCAAUUCCCGGCUCAUGCAAGCCAUCAUGGACACGGUCGACCACCACGCGCGCGUGGCGGCUGCCGUCAAAGAAAACGGGCCCGAACCGCUCAACGGUGAUCUAGACCGAGACCGAGACCGAGACCGAGACCGAGAGCGGAAGCUCGUAAAAGCCUGA